ACGAGUUGCGUAAAAAUGAAUAAGAAGAAGAGUAGUGGUUCGUUUUGUUUUGGUAUUUAUUUAAAGAAAAAUAGUGAAAAAUCCAUAAGAAUUUUAAAGAAAAUGUGGUCUGUGUAUAAAAUUCACGAAAAAGAUAUUUAUUUUAAUGAAAUUGAGUAUCUCGUCAGUGAUCUGGAGGAGGAAAAUGUGCAGCCAAGCAAUAGCGAAUUCAGGGAGGCUAUGAGAAGCUUCCAGGGACAAUUGAGUGAAAGGGAAUCGAAUAUGACCCUGGAAAAUAAUCCCGAAUUUUGUGAAUUUGUUAUAUGUGGCACAAAGAAAGUCCUAAAGAUAUUCCACGAACAUUUUGCAGCAGAAUAUCCAUCGGGACGCGACUUUGUGCUAUAUCAGCGAUAUUGCAAGGGAGCUGACCUUCUCAAAAAAUUGAUGAGUGAUGCUCAAUUCCAUCUGGAGCUUCACGAAAGGGAGGCUGUCUUGGCUGAACUGGGCAGUCGAAGAAGGAGAUAUCAUGUUCAUCCCAUACUCCAGGACAGGGAUGAGUUUGGGUUUUGGAACCGAUUUGUCCCUGAACUUAAGAAAUAUCCGCAGAAAUUCAAACUCUUCACGCGAAUGUCCAUCAAACAGUUUGACUUCCUGUCCAAAAAAAUUCGUUCCCGGAUUGCGAAAAGUGAGAGCCACCGAGUGCCAAUACCUCCUGAUGCUCGAUUAAUGAUUACAUUGCGGUAUUUAGCUACUGGUGAUAGUUUCCCAACAUUAUCCAAUGAAUAUCUCACGGGUAUCAGCACAAUUUCUGGAAUUGUUAAUGAAGUGUGUGAAGCGAUUUGGGAAGUUUUCGCACCUAAAUAUAUUUUCUGGCCAAAGGAUUUAGAUAAUAUUGCAGAAAAAUUCGAAGUCUUGCACAAAUUUCCUCACUGUUGCGGAGCGGUGGAUGGGAAACAUGUGAGAAUCCAGAAGCCAUCACAAUCUGGAGGAGUCUAUUACAAUUUUAAAGGAUACCACUCCAUCGUUUUGUUAGGUAUAUGUGAUGCAGAGUGCAAUUUCAUCUUCGUGUCCAUUGGAUCAUACGGAUCUCAGUCUGAUAGUAGUGUCUUCAAUUAUUCUGAAAUUGGUAGAGCUAUUAACAACAAAGAAAUUUGUUGGCCGACCCCAAAGAAUUUGCCAAACUCAACAAUCCCAUAUAAUUACUUUAUAAUAGGAGAUGAGGCUUUUCCGCUCUCUGAAAAUCUGCUGCGACCGUAUUCCGGCCAGAAUCUGCCAGUUGAUAAGGAAAAUUUUAAUAAACGGUUAUCUAUUGCCCGGAAUACAAUUGAGCGAACAUUUGGGAUCCUGUCUAAUCGUUUUAGAAUUUUAAGAGGUGAAAUAAGAACCCUUCCGAAACACGCUGAAUCAUUUGUGAAAGCUUGUGUGACUCUCCACAACUAUAUACAGAAGACUUCUGAUAUAAAUACUCCACAAGUAAGGCAGUGUGAAGCUCAGGAUGAAAUGGUCUCAAAUCCUGCUUCUUACAGAGGACGCCAAGCUACAAUUGGUAUUGAAAAGAGAAAUAUUUACAAAGAUUAUUUGUAUUCACAAUUAAAUUAAAAACAAAAUUCAUAUUUCA